AUGUCUUCCAAAACUGAUGCUGUCUCAACGGCUAAAUCUGGCGGUACGAAAGCACCAAGUUCCACAGCGAGUGGACGACCAGUAUUGAAAAAUUUAACACGUGCGAGAGUACCACGAGCUGGUCUCAUUGGUGUUAGCAUGGCGAUAGUAGGCGCAGUUACAUGGAAAGUACUAGUAUCUGAUCGACACAAAGAUCAUUUUACAUCGUUUUAUAAAUCUUUCGAUCCAGAACGUGAUUAUGCUCGUAUGAAAGCCUCAGGUGUUUUUAAAUCUCUUGAGGGAGUUGAACGACCUGCUUGGCUUAGUGAAUAUGAAGUGAAUAAAAUCAACCAAAACGAACUACUGCUGUCAAUGGUAAUCUUUUUCAUUGCGUUCCUGAUAGCAGUAGUCUCCAACAAACAUGAUAAACAUUUGGCUGCCUCAUUCCCAUAUCUUUGUUCUCCGUUCAGCUUAGUUCCAUAA